GAGAGCUCGGCCGGCUCUCGCGUGGCUGGGGUAGCGCGCGGUUUUUGGUCUCGCGAGGCAGCCAGGCGGGCAGCGCGCGGGAGCUCGGUGGGGCGCGGUGAUGCCGGCGCGGAGCGCGGCCAGCAGCGGCGAGCCGCCGGGCGCGGAGAUGGGGGAGCAGGCGGAGGCGGCGGUGAUCACCCCGGCCAUGCUGGCGGAGGAGCAGCAGCUGGAGGCGGCCGGGCGCGAGAAGGAGCGGCAGAUGCUGGAGAAGGCACGCACUACUUGGGAAAGGGAGUCAAGUGAAAUGCGUUACAAGAGGCUUCAGCACUUGCUUGAGAAAAGUAACAUCUAUUCCAAGUUCUUGCUUACCAAAAUGGAACAGCAGCAACUGGAGGAGCAGAAAAGGAAAGAGAAGUUAGAAAAAAAGAGAGAGCUGUUGUUAAAAUCUGCCAAGGGUCAGAAUCCAGCUGAUAGUAAAGAAGAGAAAUCAGCUGCAAAAAAGAAGAGAGGGAGAGAAGAUGGAACAUAUAACAUCUCAGAAAUUAUGUCCAAAGAGGAAAUCUUAUCAGUGGCAAAAAAAAGUAAAGUGGAAAAUCAGGAUGAAAGGUCUUCUGACAACCUGUGUCCAGAGGACUUACAAAAAAAUGGAGACUCAAAUAGUGUCAUUAAGGAUAGAUUGUGUCAAGCUGUACGACACAGUGCCAAGCAGUUCCUCGAUCCAGUACGGAAAUUUAAUGGACAACCAGUGCCUUUUCAGCAGCCAAAGAUUUUUACUGGAGGUGUCAUGAGGUGGUACCAAGUGGAAGGCAUGGAGUGGCUCAGGAUGCUUUGGGAAAAUGGUAUCAAUGGCAUUUUAGCUGACGAAAUGGGUCUGGGCAAGACAAUCCAAUGCAUUGCAACAAUAGCGCUGAUGGUGGAGCGAGGAGUCCCUGGUCCUUUCUUAGUAUGCGGUCCCCUGUCUACUCUUCCAAACUGGAUGUCUGAAUUCAAGAGAUUUACUCCAGAGAUUCCAUUAAUGCUGUAUCAUGGAGCUCAACAGGAACGUCGUAAACUGGUUCGUAAGAUUCAUGGGCGUCAAGGAUCACUACAAAUUCAUCCUGUGGUCAUUACUUCAUUUGAAAUAGCCAUGCGAGACAGAAAUGCCCUACAGCACUGCUUCUGGAAGUAUCUGAUAGUGGAUGAAGGUCACAGGAUUAAAAAUAUGAACUGCCGUCUUAUCAGAGAACUAAAACGAUUUAAUGCAGACAAUAAACUCCUUUUGACUGGUACUCCCCUGCAAAACAACUUGGCAGAGCUAUGGUCGUUACUUAACUUCCUGUUGCCAGAUGUGUUUGAUGAUUUGAAAAGCUUUGAAUCCUGGUUUGAUAUUACCAGCAUUACAGAAACUGCCGAAGAUAUUAUUGCUAAAGAAAGGGAGCAAAACAUCUUGCAUAUGCUGCAUCAGAUUCUGACGCCUUUCUUACUGAGAAGACUGAAAUCAGACGUUGCUCUUGAGGUUCCUCCUAAACGAGAAGUCGUGGUAUAUGCACCACUGGCAAAGAAGCAAGAAACUUUCUAUACCGCCAUUGUAAACCGCACCAUUAGGAAGCUGCUUGGGAAUAAUGAGGAAGAAGUAGUUGAAUUGAGUCCUACAGGCCGACCGAAACGCCGCAGUCGAAAACAGGUUGAUUAUUGUGAAGUACAUAAUGGUUCACCUGAUGACUUGGAAAAAUUGAUCAGCAAAAUGCAAGAGGAAGUGGAAAAAGAGAGGCCGGUGGUAGAAGUGAGCAUUCCCAUGGAUUCGGAGGUGAACCUUAAACUGCAGAACAUUAUGAUGUUACUGAGAAAAUGCUGUAAUCACCCCUAUCUUAUUGAGUACCCACUGGACCCUGCUACACAGCAAUUCAAGGUUGAUGAAGAUCUAGUAAAGAAUUCGGGCAAGUUUCUGCUCUUGGACCGGAUGCUUCCAGAACUGAAAAAGAGAGGUCAUAAGGUCUUGUUAUUCUCACAAAUGACUAUGAUGUUGGAUAUUUUGAUGGAUUACUGCUAUCUGCGAGACUUCAAAUUUAGUCGAUUAGAUGGCUCCAUGUCCUACUCGGAGAGAGAAGAAAAUAUGCAUCAGUUUAAUACUGACCCUGAAGUCUUCCUAUUCUUAGUGAGUACAAGAGCUGGAGGCUUGGGCAUUAACCUAACUGCAGCAGAUACAGUUAUCAUCUACGAUAGUGACUGGAACCCCCAGUCAGACUUGCAGGCCCAAGACAGAUGUCACAGAAUUGGCCAGACAAAGCCAGUGGUUGUAUAUCGUCUUGUGACAGCAAAUACUAUUGACCAGAAGAUUGUGGAGAGAGCUGCUGCCAAGAGGAAGCUAGAGAAGCUCAUUAUACACAAAAAUCAGUUUAAAGGUGGCAAAUCUGGUCUAGCACAAUCAAAGAGCUGCCUGGACCCUCAGGAAUUAAUAGAAUUACUGAAAUCCAGAGACUAUGAGAGAGAGGUUAAAGGAUCUAAAGAAAAAGUAAUCAGUGAUAAAGAUCUAGAGUUACUCUUGGAUAGAAGUGAUCUUAUUGAUCAAAUGAAAACUUCUGAAACAGUUAAAAAGGAAAAAAUGGGUGUCUUCAAGGUCCUGGAAGAGUCGUCAGGUUCCAACGCAGAAUGUGUAUUUUAAUGUGCAAAUAGCCUGUAGUCUUGCAGGACAAACAUAUGUCUGACAUCAGAUCUUACAGAGAUAUCAUUUAUACAUACUGAUCCUUUAUACUGACUUUCUGUAAGGCCUUGUUCAAAUCCUUCGUGUUCUUUCAGUGAACUUUAACAUGUUCUACAAUGUAACUUGUGUGAUAAUUUCAUGUUUGUAGCUUUAGCUUCUGAUAAUUAAGGAAAUGAGCAUGUUUCACAUUUUCAGCUAGUUUUGUGAUCAGUGGUAGAAACUGCCAAAUUUGUGUAAAAUCUUCCUGUGGAAGUCCUAAAACACUUUUUUUUUUUUUUUUUUUUUAAGAUGUCAAUUAUGGUUUUAUUUGGAAGGGAAAGAACAUGUGCCUUUGUUACAGCCACUUGUGUAGCUUCUGUUUUAACUUUGCAAAUUAUUUUGAUAAAUAAAUGUCUCGUUUGUCCUAA